UCCCCACACCCUGGGCAUUUGCCCAACACAACUGGCUGCUUCGGUGCCCCAUCUGGUAGCCCUCUCCGGUAUGCCCCAUUAACUGGGCAUUUCCUGCUUGGAACCGAUAAGAUGUAGAUGUGUCUCCUUGCUCACAGCUUUCUUGGGUGAGCACCAGGAGAGAAGUGACCUGCGUGAGUGAUUAGAGUGUGCAGUGGACAGACCAUGAAUGUGAAAAUGUAAGGCUUGCUCUGGGCCUGGCUGCUCACUCUGCCCUCUUCCUCACCACAGCACCUUCCCCACCACCUACCCAGCUACUGUGGAACAGUUCCCAAGACCUUGCCCCUGGAAACUGGGAGGACCACAGCUCAUCUCUGCCCUUCGUGGUCACCCCAGGAUUGUGGGAACCACCCACACAGCACCUCCUUCCAGCCCCACCCUGGAGGCUCCUCCCAAGUGCCAGUGGGGAAACAGGUGCUCCCACAGCACCCUAAACUCAGCACUGCCACUGCACAAUGUGGGCUCUGAGGCCCUGGACCCGAUACACGCUCUUGGUCAUAGCCCACAUGUUGGCCAUGGGGCUAGGGGCUGCAGUGCUCCAAGCUCUGGAAAGUCCUCCUGCACUCCAGUUCCAGAUGAAGCUCAAGGCUGAAUUGGCUGCAUUCCAGGCAGAGUUUGGGGCCUGCCUGCCACACGGAGCUCUGGAGGAGCUGCUGGGCAUGGCUCUGAGGGCACAGGGUCAUGGAGUCUCCACCCUGGGCAACCACUCAGAGGCCAGCAACUGGGACCUGCCCUCAGCCCUGCUUUUCACUGUCAGCAUCCUCACCACCACAGGCUAUGGCCACAUGGCCCCACUCUCCGCAGGUGGAAAGGCCUUCUGUGUCGUCUAUGCAGUCCUAGGGCUGCCAGCUUCCUUAGCACUUGUGGCUGCCCUGCGCCACUGCCUGCUGCCUGUGCUCAGCCGCCCGGGUGCCUGGAUAGCCAGUCGCUGGCAGUUGGCACCAUCUCAGGCUGCAUUGUUGCAGGCCACAGGGCUAGGCCUUCUGGUGGCUGGCACCUUCGUGCUGCUGCCAGCACUGGUGCUGUGGGGUCUACAGCGUGACCACAGCCUGCUGGAAGCCAUCUACUUCUGCUUCGGCUCACUCAGCACCAUUGGCCUGGGAGACUUGCUGCCUGGCAGUGGCCAAAACCUGCAUCCAGUGAUUUACCAGCUUGGCCAGUUUGCACUUCUUGGUUACUUGCUCCUAGGGCUCCUGGCCAUGCUGCUGGCAGUAGAGACCUUCACAAAGCUACCACAGGUCUGUGCCAUGGUGAAGUUCUUUGGGGCCAGUACCCCUGUGACUGCUGAGGACCAAGAUGGCAUUGUGAGCCAGGAUGAGUUGGCUCUGAACAACUUGCCUCCUGCCACCCCUGCCUCCAAACAAGCCCUGGCUUGCAGACAAGCAUCAGAUGACUGCAAGUAGCUCCUCUGAGGUGUCAGAU